GUUGCUAUGCCGUGUAGUUUUAUACAGGUCUAUAGGGCUAACGAACAAAAAUAAUGGCACCGAUACUGGCGCCUUGAAAAAUAUCGCCGGAUUUAUAAAACGUUAUUUUCAUAACAACGUUUGUUUAAAAAUGGCUUGUAUACGCAGGGCGAACGGACAAUUCCCGUGUAUGAGCCCCGCUGUCAGCUGCUCCCGUCUGCGCCAUGUCCAGUCACUUCUGUGGGAGGGGGAAGCCAGCCCUGAUGGGAUUCUUUGCUCUCUGGGGAUUGACAGCAGGUAUAACGAGGGCUGCAGUGAGCUGGCCAACUACCUGUUCUAUGGACUGUACCGGAAGAACCAUCUGAACCUGGGGCACAUUCUAGAGGACUUCCCCGAGGAGGUGCUGGAUGAUGUGAUCGUGCUGAUCAAGGCAGAGAGUGUUCACCUGUACUGUAACCCAGUCAACUACAGUUACCUGCUGCCUUACGUCUCCCACUGGAGGAACCUCACCGUUCACUGCAUGAACCAAUCAGAGUAUGAAGACGAGGAAGCAGCGGAGGAGUUUAAGAUCUCCAGCUUUGUGAGCAUGGUUCAAGACUGCAGCCGUAUAGGAGUUCCUUACAGCACCCAGGGCCACAUCCAGACGUUUGACAUGUUUAUGAUAGAGAAGUGGCCCAUCAUUCAGGCCUUCGCUCUGGAGGGGAUUGGUGGAGGAAGCUUCUUCACCAUGAAAUACAAGUUGAUGGACAUUAGUGAGAAGCUGUGGCAGACCUACACCAGAUUGGACCCUGUCUCCCUGGACAACCUCCUGACUGAGGACCUGGUGUUGUUUGAGAAGCAGUGGAGCAGUUUCUUCUCCAGCUUUGACAUCGAGAGCCAUCUGUCAAUCCUGGAGCUGUCUGAGGCUCAGGCAGGGGAGGCGUUCCGGAGUUAUUUCUCUCAUGGCCUGAUCUCCAGUAACAUAGCUGACAGCAGUAGGAGACGGCAGCCCCUGGUUCUGUUUGGGAGCCACUCCUCCAUGGAAAACCUUCACAGCUACUCCUUCAACUUCCCUUCUGAUGGACACCAGGUCCGCAACACCGGACCCCAGGGGACCCCAGCCAAACACAUGGUUCUUCAGUGUGUGGCUCCUAAAGGAUCUUUAGCCUGCUCCAGGACUUACUUCUUUGGAACCACUCACAUCCCCUACCUAGGAAAUGACAACAUGCAACAGAGGAAAACGGAACUCCUUCUUCUCUCUCAGAUCUAUGCAGCAGCCGUCCAGUCGGUCCUGGCUGGAAUCAAAUGCUACUCCAACACCACAAGUGCUGCUAAGGCGAAGGACGUAGCAGAGCAUACCUUCCAGCUGGCGCUGGACUCGGUCCACCUGCCUCAGUACAGAACUGCUCUCAGAUCUAAAAGUGUUUUCCACAUCCAAGCUGUGAACAACCAAGGCAGAAUUGUUCCUCUGAGUGAAGAGGGGAGCUGCUUCUUGGUGAAAACUGCGUCCAUGUCAGUGUACGACAUCCCAGACCUCCAGUGGGGGAAAGGAGACCUGGGCUCUGUAAUCUUCUCUGAGUCCUUCCUGGUGUCCAGUAUCAACAUCCAACAGAAAGAUGGAAGUGUUUCCUCAGACAGCUGCUACACCAUCCUGACUACAGCUCUGCCUCGAUAUGUCUGCUGGCUGGUGGAGUCUGAUGUGAAGCAUUCUGAGAAGGCCCAGGUCCUGCUGAAGGAAGAGGAUGGCACCUGCCUGGGCACCUCGUUGACUACAGCAGACACAGCUCAUGUGUUCUCCAACAGCCAGCUCUCCACUCCAGAGGAAGGUAAGAUGAGCUUCUUCACAGAGGGCAUCCUUUUCCUCCAUCCUCAGUACGGCACCAUCACUUUACCCAGGAGCCUCAUCAGCAGUAUCAAGUUGUAUGACCUGGACUCGUCGAGCGUGGUGGCAGCUCUGUUUGUACAGUAUGAAGCUGCUCUGCUGUCCCACCUGCCCUUCCCUCUCCACAGUGACGACCACUGUUUGGUCUUCAGCCUCCAGCCACGCUCACAGAGUCACCGAGCCUUCUACUCAAAGGUGUUACCAGUGUGGCAGGGGUCAGACUCUGGCCUCUCUCUGCAGCUGGUGGACAGAGAACAGCUGACCUGGGAUCAGAGGAACAUGCACUCCAGACUGCAGUGGCUGCAUGACUGCCACGCCCCCCCUGUAGCCAAACGCCGAGGCAGCCUGAAGGCCUCAUACUCCCAGCUGCCAGAACAGGACAUGUUCCUGCAGCACUUUGCUCUGAGCAGUGUGGGUCAGGAGCCCAUCCAGGAUGACCACCUGGGGCCACUGUUCUCCACGCCAGACACCAGGAACCCUCUGGCAGGACGCACUGACAAGGUGGUUAUAACCAUCAUCUCUGGACUACCGGGCAGCCACAAGAACAGACUGGUUAACUUCCUGGUCCAGCUGAAUAGAGAAGGAGGAAGGUGGGUGGUAUACCGUCCAGGUCCAGACAGCAGUGAUUGUUUCUCCACCUCCCACUUGCAGCGCUACCUGUCCUGCUUCCUGGAGACGCAGAGAGCACCUGGAGGGAAGCCUCGACUACUGCUGCUCACUCCUGGAUGUACAGAUGUAUUAGAAGUGGUCCAAGCGGUGCUGUCCCAUCCAGAUGCUGUGGUCCAGGCCUGUUUCACCAUCGGGGCGGUCACAGCCUGUGUGGACCCUCUCAGCUCAUACAUGGAACACAGAUUUGUCUUCCCGAAGCUGGUGGAGCAGUGCAGCCAAGGUAUAGUGAGUACGGUCGUCUUCACUGGACUGACAGCAGAACAGAAGAACCCUCUCCUCCAAACCGUACAGCAGCUGAUCCGGUCAGCAAAUCCCAACGCUGUCUUCAUCCUGGCAGAGAGAGGAGCUGUUACCAGGAAUGAGGAUGUGAAGAUGAUUUUGUCUGAGAGCAGCUUCUCUGAGGCUCAGAUGAUGAGAGCACGCUACCUGCUCUACCCUGGCUGGUGUAAGGGCCGGUUCAGCAGUGGCUGUGGGUCCCUGUCUCUGGUCCACCAGUAUGUGAUGUUUAACCUUCCCCUGGAGAGACCUCUGUUUCUGAAACACUGUAAAGCCUUCAAGUCAGCUCUGAGACCAAACCCUUUCAGAGGAAACGUCUACAACAUCUGUGGGAAGGUCCUCUUCUCUGACUCUGAGAGGAUGAUGGAGGUGAGCCACAACACUGUGAGUGGGAACCUCCGUAUCACCCAGCAGCCCUUGGGGGACAGCCACCAGGGAGACCAGGAGCCCUCUGGAUGCUUCCUGCUGUUCCAUGGAGUGGGAUUGACACAGGAGGCCCUGAAGGACUGGCUGAGGCUAUGUGUAAAACAGAAGGAGGUGAGGAAGGUGAAGAAGACCCACACCAGCCUCUCUGCUCAGGAGAUCAGGACCAUCCAUGUGAAGAGACAUCUGGACCCUCUGCCUCCAGGCUUCUUCUACAACGGACAACAUUACGUCAGUUUCUUUGGAGAGAAAAAGAACUUCCAUCCACAAAUGGACCAGUUCAUAACGGAGUAUGUUGAGGAGGCCAACCGAGAGAUCGACCUCUUCAACAAUCAGCUGGAGCAGCAGCAGCACCAGGACCUCUUUGACCCUUAGUGACCCCUAAUGACCCCCAAGGUUAGGGUUAGAGGUCGUCUGUCUCGUCCUUUUACUGUUUGUCCUUCUUCUCAGCAUAUCUCAAAGGGAAAACUAUACUAUACAUACUGUCACCUCCACUAUACUAUACAUACUGUCACCUCCACUAUACCGUACAUACUGUCACCUCCACUAUACCAUACAUACUGUCACCUCCACUAUACCAUACAUACUGUCACCUCCACUAUACCAUACAUAUAGUGGUACAUAUAGGGGUGAUAAACAUAACUGAAUCAAGACAUUAUUAUGGUGAGAGAGCACAAGCUUUCCGUCCAGAUAAGAGGUUCAACUUUACAUUGUCAGUCAGUAUCAUUCUAGGUAGGUUUCUAAUAGGCCAGUAGAAUUGGUUCUAUUUGUAGCCUGGCUGUUGGCAUUAUUAAAACACUCCUCUCUCUCGUCUCCUUUCCUGACCUGUCAUACGAUCCACAGCCCACCUGUUUAGUUAGCAGCUUUCAGCAUCCCGCUGUGUAGCUGGCUGUGUAGCUGGCUGUGUAGCUGGCUGUGUAGCUGUUCUCACUGGCUCUACUGUGCUAAUAGCUUGUAUCCAUGUCAGACUUUGGUGAGAGGACGUGGACGCAGAGCUGUGAACUUUGAAUAGACAGCCUGUCCGUCCCUGUUGUAAAUACUAGCUAGACCGUCACAUAGUUCUAGUCAGCAGAGAAACGUGGUCCUCGGUAACAUAAUGUUGUUCAAACAUCAACAAUAACAUUACCCCUCCCCUUUUCACAUGGUCACCUAACAUGCUGCGGGUGGGAUACUUGUUGGAAUGGGGAUGGUCUGAAAUCAAUUAGUCUAGUUUAGGCCAGUUUGGGCUGGUUUAGGCCAGUUUGGGUUAGGAGGGUUUGGGCUGGGUUAGGAGGGUUUGGGCUGGUUUAGGCCAGUUUGGGCUGGUUUAGGCCAGUUUGGGCUGGGUUAGGAGGGUUUGGGCUGGUUUAGGCCAGUUUGGGCUGGGUUAGGAGGGUUUGGGCUGGUUUAGGCCAGUUUGGGCUGGGUUAGGAGGGUUUGGGCUGGUUUAGGCCAGUUUGGGCUGGGUUAGGAGGAUUUGGGCUGGGUUAGGAAGGUUUGUGCUGGUUUAGGCCAUUUUGGGCUGGGUUAGGAGGGUUUGGGUUGAGGGUGUUUGAGGGAUAGGGAGGGUAGGACUGGGGUUGGCCAGAUAAGGCCUGAGGAAUGAGUUCGUAGUGGUGUAUUUCAGGGAUGGGUAGGAUCAGAGAUCAGAGUUAGUAGUGUUGCUGACCACAUGCAGUUCCUUGAUGUGGGACUUAAGCUGCGUGGGUGGUGGAGGUAUCUUACAUGUUCUCUCAGGACUACCUGUCGUCAUGUUCCUGGAGAUGGGACUUAAGCUGCGUCCACUACCUGUUAGAUAGAUGUGAUUUAAGCUGCGUCCACUACCUGUUAGAUAGAUGGGAUUUAAGCUGCGUCCACUACCUGUUAGAUAGAUGGGAUUUAAGCUGCGUCCACUACCUGUUAGAUAGAUGGGAUUUAAGCUGCGUCCGCUACCUGUUAGAUAGAUGGGAUUUAAGCUGCGUCCGCUACCUGUUAGAUAGAUGGGAUUUAAGCUGCGUCCACUACCUGUUAGAUAGAUGGGAUUAAGCUGCGUCCACUACCUGUUAGAUAGAUGGGAUUUAAGCUGCGUCCACUACCUGUUAGACAGAUGGGAUUUAAGCUGCAUCCGCUACCUGUUAGAUAGAUGGGAUUUAAGCUGCGUCCGCUACCUGUUAGAUAGAUGGGAUUUAAGCUGCGUCCACUACCUGUUAGAUAGAUGGGAUUUAAGCUGCGUCCACUACCUGUUAGAUAGAUGGGAUUUAAGCUGCGUCCGCUACCUGUUAGAUAGAUGGGAUUUAAGCUGCGUCCACUACCUGUUAGAUAGAUGGGAUUUAAGCUGCAUCCGCUACCUGUUAGAUAGAUGGGAUUUAAGCUGCGUCCGCUACCUGUUAGAUAGAUGGGAUUUAAGCUGCGUCCGCUACCUGUUAGAUAGAUGGGAUUUAAACUGCGUCCACUACCUGUUAGAUAGAUGGGAUACAACACCCUGAUAUUGUUAGGAUGUAGUGUGUAAGUGUCAUUCAUGUUCCUCCAGGACUACCUUUUGUGUUAUUCUGUACUAUAGUAGAAUCAUCCACUCAGACAAUACUAGUACUACACUAGUACAAUACUAGUACUACACUACUACAGUACUAGUACUACACUACUACAGUACUGGUACUACUACAGUACUGGUACUACACUACUACAGUACUAGUACUACACUAGUACAGUACUGGUACUACAGCUGCGUUUUCUGAUCUGAUCUAUGCAUGUUUCCUCAUCUCCAAUAACAGCCUUAGUGGCUUAAUCAGAAAGGGGGCAGCAGUGUCAACAUAAUCUAGCUAUCUGGGAAUAUGGUCCAAUACUUUGUCUUCGUGUGGAAUGGACUGGUAAUGUUCAGUAGACAACAAUGGCGUCUUUGUACACAAAUAACUGUGUAGGCUACCCACUCUGCUACAUCUCUGUACUGCAUUUCAUAUUGGACCAAUUCUGGAACAGUGGUUUGUGGCUGAACCUCAACUUUAGAAAAUAACAGAAUAUUCAACAAUAUAAGUUGACAGGACAGUUACAGUCUGCUAAUUUAACUCCACUGACCAGGAGAACAGUUACGGUCUGCUAAUUUAACUCCACUGACCAGGAGAACAGUUACGGUCUGCUAAUUUAACUCCACUGACCAGGAGAACAGUUACGGUCUGCUAAUUUAACUCCACUGGCCAGGAGAACAGUUACGGUGUGCUAAUUUAACUCCACUGACCAGGAGAACAGUUACGGUCUGCCAAUUUAACUCCACUGACCAGGAGAACAGUUACGGUCUGCUAAUUUAACUCCACUGACCAGGAGAACAGUUACGGUGUGCUAAUUUAACUCCACUGACCAGGAGAACAGUUACGGUGUGCUAAUUUAACUCCACUGACCAGGAGAACAGUUACGGUGUGCUAAUUUAACUCCACUGACCAGGAGAACAGUUACGGUCUGCUAAUUUAACUCCACUGACCAGGAGAACAGUUACGGUGUGCUAAUUUAACUCCACUGACCAGGAGAACAGUUACGGUGUGCUAAUUUAACUCCACUGACCAGGAGAACAGUUACGGUCUGCUAAUUUAGCUCCACUGACCAGGAGAAACACUUUGUUUUCUGCAGAAACACAGACAUACAUUGUUUGAUGUUUGAGUGAUGCUGAAGUGGACACAGUAUUCCACAUUGAGAUUCCAAACGUUCAAAUUCCAGAACCUUAAAGACACUGCUGGCCCCCUCUGUCUUCAUACAGUCCAUCUAUACCAAGCCUGUCAUCAUACAGUCCAUCUAUACCAAGCCUGUCAUCAUACAGUCCAUCUAUACCAAGCCUGUCAUCAUACAGUCCAUCUAUACCAAGCCUGUCAUCAUACAGUCCAUCUAUACCAAGCCUGUCAUCAUACAGUCCAUCUAUACCAAGCCUGUCAUCAUACAGUCCAUCUAUACCAAGCCUGUCAUCAUACAGUCCAUCUAUACCAAGCCUGUCAUCAUACAGUCCAUCUAUACCAAGCCUGUCCAUUCACAGUGCCUCCCAUGCUAGACAUGUUACUGUCUGAAUAGAGAAUGAUCCCUAGCCAGUAAGUUAGUUACUUCAGGGUCCAGGCCUGUUCCAGUCAGAUACACACCCAGUCAAUCAGUCAGCUAGACAGGCUCUAUCUGGAAAGGAAGACAGACUACAUCACAAUCCUUCUAUUCAUUCUCUUAGCUUACAAUCCCUCCCUCUCCUUAACUUUAUCAAGUGCAAUUGUACUCUGUUUUUAUAUGUAUUCUAAUUACCUUCACAGAACUAUUUUAAGGACUAGCUGAUUAAAUAAGGACCGCGUUCUCACUCUCAACAUUUGAGCGAGUUGAGAUUUGUUCAACGUUUAGUACCAUGCUGACCUAAGACUAAAGCUCUGGAUUAGGUCAGCUCUGUUGUCUGUCUCCGUAUGACUGGAGUCUCUUCUGACAAGUCCUCUUGUCUGCUUAGAGCAAAAGUUGUUUUCAUUCACAAUACCACAGAGACCUGUCUCAGUUGAGACGGAGACACAGAUGCCAUGACUGAGGGUGAUUGAUAUCCUACAGCAUGAGACGGAAGAUGCCAUAACUACAGGCCUUUAAUGGGCCGUGUUAGGAAACAGACACUGGUUGGUCUACAGUGUAGCGAUACGUCCUUAAAGGGUUCUAGAGGGUUAUUAUUACGAUAGGACAUGUUUGUGAUAUUAACUUUAUUUAGUAGCACAUAUGAUACCACACUAUCUGCAUGUGUUAGGAUGUCCUUUUAAUAUAUAUAUAUAUAUAUAUAUCUAUGAUAUAUUCUGAUACUAUUGCCUUUCACCAAACUGGUAUAACCAAGAGAAAAUUUAGCACAUUUAUUUUACAAAACUGGUGAGAAUUGAAGUACCUCAGACACCACUAGAGUAUUUUUGUAAUGCUGUGAAUCGAACAGAGAAAAAGCUAAGAGUCAAAUCUUUUUCUCACACAAUUGAAUAAAUAAGCAAAACGGAGAAAUGUUGUGAGACGUGAUGUUUCUCUGGUCCAGCAGUGCCUUGGCCCGUUACUCUACGGCUAAGAAAUAACCCUGUUCAGAACUCCAGCUCCCCUCUAGUCUACAUGCUACUGUACAUGACGGGGCUGGAGGCUGAGGAACCGUCCUGAAACGGCCUGGGUACCAGUCUAUUUGUGCCAUCAUGCCACUCCUUGCCGGUUUGGCAUGACAAGGAGUUGAGAUGAUGACACGCAGAUCUAGGACCGGCUAUCUUAAACAGAUCUGGGACCGGCUAUCUUAAACAGUGUUGGUGAAAGGACUGAAUCAAUGGAAUUGUUCUUUAAGCAAUGUGUUACUCAGCCAAAGGGGGCAGUAAGUCCCAGGGGAAGGGGAGGUCACUCGAGGGCUCACACCGUUUCAACUAGUAAAUAAAUGAUACAAAGCUACAGUGAUUCUGAAUGGAAACCGGGUACUUGUGGUUCUGGUUGUGGGUCUGGUUUCAAAGCUGUUGUCAAAAAUGAGGAUGAUGACAUAGUGGUUAAAGUAGAGCAGUCUACCCUGUCCUAAUGGUAAACUUAGUGGUUACAGUAGAGCAGCCUACCCUGUCCUAAUGGUUAACUUAGUGGUUACAGUAGAGCAGUCUACCCUGUUCUAAUGGUUAACUUAGUGGUUAAAGUAGAGCAGCCUACCCUGUCCUAGUUAAGGUAUUGGUUAAGGUAGAGCAGCCUACCCUGUCCUAGUUAGGGUAUUGGUUAAGGUAGAGCAGCCAACCCUGUCCUAGUUAAGGUAUUGGUUAAGGUAGAGCAGCCUACCCUGUCCUAGUUAGGGUAUUGGUUAAGGUAGAGCAGCCUACCCUGUCCUAGUUAGGGUAUUGGUCAGCUGUUUGGCUCGGUGACCCACCUUAUUGCUCAGUGGGCCCCAGGAAAGAAGCCCUCCAGAGGUUCUCCCCUGUAACUCAGAGCUAAAUCUAUGCUUCUGGUGUAACUCUUCUUACUCAACCCUCUGGCUAUGUUGUAUUCAUGCUGUAUGUGGAGGCUAACGGCUUGUAGCUGAAGUUAUAGGACAAAAAAAAAGUUUAGUGUUCACAGUUUUUUUUUUUUUUAUGAGGGAAAUGUGAUGAGCAUGUUCUGAAAACAAUAAAAAUGUUCUGAAGAUUGGCUCCAAGGUUACAAAGAGACAACAUUUGGAAUUUAUGCACUUUGAUGAAAACUGUUAUUAGAAUUCCUUGUAUUUUUAAUGUUUUGUAAUGGAGUAAUUAUCACACCUGUAGUCAAAGUGAUCUUUCUCAGGCCUACAGUAACCUAUACAGUACCCUGACUUCAACAGUCUUUAGGUGUUAAAAGGAAUCACAAGUUUCAGUGGGAGUAAUAACUCAGGUAUAUAGGUCUAUAGGAAGGUUAUAGGUCAGGACCCAGAUUCACAAAACCUUCUUAAGAAGACAUUUCUUCUUACCUGCCAUUUAUUCCUUAACUAUAAACUACAGAAGAAAGUUCAGCAAAGUUGUUAUUCCUCAUAAAGCUUCUUGGAAAUGUUCUUGUGUUAUUUCAUGUUUCUCUUCAAGUAAAAAAAUGUAAGAAGAAAUUAGAUUUUUUUUAAAUAAGGUUUGUUCUUGGACAUUUUUCUUAAUUCCAAGAUGGCUAAAGCCUUGUCUUAAACUCAGGGCAGUGAGAUAAUAAGCUAAUUAAAUCAAUUGAACAUAUUUAAUUCACUCAAACAUCAUCUGAAAGUUUCAGUAUUGAUUAUUUGAAACCCCAAAAACAUGUUUUAGAACAGUCAUCUCAGUACGAAAUAUGCUAACAUGAUUGCCCUUGCUAGCUAGAUACUGUAGCUAGCUAAAACAGUUUGCCGAGUGACAAUCAUUUUAAAACGAUAGUUACGUUUGUAAGAAAAAGAUAAAAUCUUAACAUAUUGUUGAAGAAUUACACUUGUGAACUAUCUUAUGAACUUGUUUUUUUUUUUUUUUUUCUUAAGAAGGUUCUUAAGUUUUUGUAUAAGAAGGUUUUGUGAAUCUGGGCCCAGGUUUCCACACCUGUAACAGUGGAUUAUACCCUGAUGGUUCAGUAGUAGUUAGUCUGCCAAUCCUAAUCAGAAGCUAAUAGCCUAUCGUUUUCCCCCAUACAAUCUAAUGACAACUACAUUUAUAUGUUUGAAAAUGUAUUGAUUUAAGUUGGAGGUAGUUUAUGGCAUGAACUUGAUGGUAAACCUCUACAACCAAGUUAUUACAUCUGUAACUUAACUAUAUCAAUACAAUUGAUUAAUAUAUUGCCUCAAAAAAAGGAUUUCCGAUGUGGAAUCCAAUACACUGAAAGAAGGAAUUUGGUGAAGUGAACUUCAAAAGUGCCAAAAAAUGUUUGAGGAUGAUUCAUUGAAUCGCAUUUGCACAAAACUACUGUAACUUUAGUUUUUUUUCCUGUGACUGAUGCUUUUAUAAUCUUAUUGUGGUAUUUAUUGCACCAAGUAAUCCAUUAAAAUAUUAAUAUGGUCAAA